UAUUGACGUAACCUAUUUGCCUAUAAAGUAAAUAACAAUCAAUUUCAUGAAAAUUAAAAGAAUUUGCUUGAGGAUAUUUAAUAUUACACAGAAUUAUUUAUAAUACUACGUGAUAUACAAAAUGUCUCAACCUCAAAGCCGUAGUAUAUGGGCAAUGAUAAUAAGAAAUUUUAUUAAUUCUAUAAAGCCUAGACAAUUUCGCGGGACCCUCGUUGGCACAGAUUAUUUUGGCAAUAAAUAUUAUGAAAUUCCAGCUGAUCCAUCAGUUGGUAAAAGACGUGAUAGUCGAUGGUUUACUCCACCCAAAAAAGAUGAUUUUAUGCAAGAAAUGCCGGCGGAAUGGGAAUCAUGGUUAAGAGGAAGAAGAAAGCAUCCACCGACCGAAGAAGAGGUAAUGAAAAACGUAGCCAUAAUGGAAAUGAAAAAGCAAAAUGCCAUAGAAGUAGAUGCUAAAGGAGGUCAAAUGACACCGUUAACCAAAGGUUAUGAAACAUUUCCAAAGAGACAUGAGUAUGAAUCUGUACCAGGAAAAAGAAAUUGUUGAUAAUGAGUUAUUUGUGUUGUUAAAAUUAGUCUCGGUCAAAGUACAAUAGAAAUGCAUAUUUUACUAA